AUGACGAUCUGUAAUUAUAACGCACGUACUUUAGCAUCGGAAGCGGCCAUCGGAGAUCUGAUGAUGCAAGCCAAGAAGAUCAAGUACGACGUCAUCGGACUGACCGAUACGAGACGACGCCACCCUCUCACCGUAUAUGAAGCUGGAGAAGAACUGUUCUUAGGAACAUGCGACAGUAGAGGUGUUGGUGGAGUUGGCAUCCUCGUCAACACGAGUACGGCAAAGAACAUCGACUCUUUCGAACAACUUACGACCCGAAUCGGACGUCUGCGGAUGAGAAGAUGUGGUCCAACACCAGCUUUGACUAUCUUCGUCGCUUACGCUCCAACAUCAAGCUACGAAGAAGAAGAAGUCGAAGCUUUCUAUAUGGACCUGGAGAAGUUCUACCGAGAAGAUCAUGCCUUCUACAAGGUCAUAAUUGGCGAUUUCAACGCCAAAGUUGGCCCAAGAAGAACGCCGGAGGAACUUCACAUCGGGACCCACGGUCUACAAUGGAAUAACCAGGGGAAGAGGCUCUCCGAGUUCAUCAUGACGACUAAGACCAUCCAUGGGAACUCGCAAUUCCAGAAGCCCUCCUCUCCACUCUGGAUGUGGGAGUCGCCCGGUGAGGGCAAAGUGAUGAAACAGACCAAAUCUUGGUCAAUAAAAGGUUCUGCUGACGGACGUCGCCGUUGUACCAAAGUUCUAUACGGGAUCGGACCAUCGCCUCCUCCGAGGAAGAUUUUCCUUCACAAGGAGAGCAGAGAAAGCCGCCAAGUCCAGAGAGAGAAAUCCCAGAACUACCAUCAACUGGGGUCUCUUCGCUACGCUAGCCGCGUGGAGCAGCACGAGCCCGCCGGGAACCAAGAACUCAAGAGAAUCAAAAAGUCUGAGCUAGCAAGGCUUUGCAGAGAGGCGAUAAAGGAAGACCUUAAAGAGAGAAGAGCAGAAGUGCUGGCUGAAGCUGCAGAGGCGGGGAAGAAAAUCAUCUACAACUUCUACUCUGAUCUCAUCGACAGCCAUGUCCACUUGCCUGCUCACCAUCUGAGGGAAGAUGGACAUGUAAUUCCAGUGGUUCUCCCUUCCGAAAUACGACAUGCUAUCAUGUCGGUAAGAAAACGUACGGUAUCCGGUCCCGACAGAAUAAGACCAGAACAACCGAAGAACCUCCCGCCAGUCUUCAUCAACACCCUUGCGAGGCUCUUUACACGUUACCUGUCGGAGUGCAAGGUCCCUAAACAGUGGGAGACCAACAAGACCGUGUUGUUGUAUAAAAAGGGAGAUCCACAUAACAUCGGCAACUAUCGUCCAAUCUGCCUACUGUCCGUCAUCUACAAGCUCUUUACAAGAGUGAUCCUUAAUAGGAUUGAAAAUGUCUUGGACGAAGGACAGCUAUGCGAGCAAGCAGGGUUUCGAAAUGGAUUAUGUACGGCUGGCCACAUUCAUACUGUUUCGAUAGUCAUCGAGACCUCAGAAGAGUACGAUAUGCAGCUAUGUCGCACCUCUGAAGGCUUAAAGAAGGCUUUGACUCUGUUAAGAUGGAAGCGGUCAUGGAGGCUUUGGACAACCAAGGUGUCCCUACUCAAUAUACAGGGAGUGAGGGUUGAUGGUCUGCAACUACACCAUUUGCACUUUGAUGAUGACAUAGUUCUGGUAACACCUAGUAACACUCAAGCAGAACGAAUGCUGACCGAAUUCGACAAAACAUGUGGAUGCAUCGGUCUUCAGCUGAAUCUGCGAAAGACGACGUUCAUGCCUAACGAAUGGGUCUCGGAUACUCCGCUCACGCUCAACGGAACGAACAUAUCCGAAAACACCAGCUACAUUUAUCUGGGUCGAGAAUUGAACAUGAUAAACCCUCGAGCUGGGCAGGAGGAGACGAGCGGCUUGAUGAGCGUAUAA